AUGUUAAAAUUAUUCACGAAUGCUAUCAAAAAGAAAACUUCUCAGGACAUAGUAGAUAUAUCCAAAGAUACGACAGAAAAUUCUGCUAAACCUUCAAACAACUAUUUUCCUGAAGUAGAAAGUACGAGUCCUAGCGUAGCUAACGAAACUAAUAGCUACGAAAAAAACAAGACCAUACUUAACGAUCAUGAAACAACUGCAUUAACUGAAAAAGCAGGGGGUACAUCGGACCGUAAACGUUCAAUAUUAAUACGUAAAGAAAGAUCUUAUUCUGGUGUUUUUCAACCUGAAUUACUUAGUCCACUCAAACCUUCGCGCCUUUAUGGUUCUCCGGAAUCAUUAUCUAGACUAUCUGAAUUUUUAAGCAGCAGUGUUUAUCAGAAUUCUUUAACUUACCUUGUCGUGCGAAAAUCUUCCUCAAGAAGUGAUAUUGAAAUUCUUUAUCCAAUUGAUAAUGUUAGAGUAGACGAAACUAUAAAGGGAACUUCUCAGAAUUGUGAAGACAUUUAUGAAAGCGAUCCAAUUUAUCAUACUAUUUAUUCAAAACAUAUAAUAUCCUCUAAAACUUCUCUUUAUCAUAGUAUUUUAAAACAAAUUUAUAAUGAUUUCACUAUACUCGAAGCAAUGCAAGUUUCUCCAGCAGGUGAGCCAACUAUUACCAUAAAAAGCGAAUGCUUUAUCGGCGCAGAUACCGAACUUCGUCGUACAGGUUCAAUCAGCAAUACCUGGCAUUUUUAUUUUGAAGGAAAAGACUAUAGAUGGAGGCCAAGUGUCUUUGGUGCAAAGGAUUGUGAUCUUAUUUGUGAAUGGAUCGAAUAUGAAGUGCAACCAUCUUUGAUUGGUUCUGCAAAGAAAAAGAAUAAAGUGAUUAUAGCGUCCUUAAAGAGACCUGAACAUUUAACUAAAGAUAAUUGGGAUGUUGUUGGUAAUCUAAAUAUUACAAAAACUGCUUGGGAAAAUGUAAAAGAUCCUCGGUCAUUAGAAAUUAUUUUAGUUCUUGGUUGUUUGAUAAUGCUGGAUGUUUCUUAA